AUGGAUCGUUCCUGCCUAAUCUUCGUCACCGUCGGCCUUGUUGCUGUAGGAUUCCUGCAGCUUGUGGCCUCUCAAUCAGUUCCACUGGACAUGGUUCCUGAAGCUGUUGACGACAUGUACCGUGGAUGCAAGAAGGAAAUGGCAAACAAGGUCAACAAAAAAUACUUCAAAAAAGAGUUUAACGGAGCAUUUAAACAGGCCUGGAUAAAUGCAGAAAAGUGUUCAAACAAACCUAAAGACGCAGUGGAUAAGGCUCUCGACAAAAACCACUUACGAGCAAUCUGUGCUUAUUCAUCUAACGACAUUUAUUCACAAUUCAAUAAAGCAGUCCGAACCAGUAAGAAAACCUACAGCAGCUCUUUCAAAUUCCACUCUUUACAUUACUGGCUGACUUCUGCCAUACAAAUCCUGAAAGACCAUCAAGGCUGUCACACUACUUUUAGAAGAACUGGAAUAGUGUUCACCGGCAAAGUUAACAGCUUGAUUCGGUUUGGUACGUUUGCCUCCAGCUCUUUCAGAAGAGACCUUUAUGCCUUUGGUAGAGAGACCUGCUUUCAAGUUAGGACCUGUUUAGGAGCCUACCUGAAGCAUUAUCCAAUCUUUCAAACAACGGAGCAAGAAGUGCUCAUCCCCCCCUAUGAAAUAUUCAAGAUAAAGAAAAUUUAUAACGGUCAGGGUACAUUUCCUCCUCUGCCUGACUGUAAGAGGGUCUUCAUCUUGGAGAGUGCGGGAAAGCAGAGUAACCUUAACUGCAAAGUUGCAAAGUAAGAGAGAGCAGAGUUUAGUCCAACUGAUGCAGAACAUGUAAUAAAAUGAGUUCAGUUGUGUAAACUUGAUAAAUCAAUAAAUAAAUGUAUAAAUCAUUAAAGUGCUGUAGUGGAGUCAGUGACGGAGCAUCACAGCACCAUCUAUGACUGUGUGCAGGAUUUACAUUGAUGUCUAU